UCUGGUUUAGUUGAAUACCUCUACGGUAUUGGCUACCUAUUUUCGGGCCCCACAGAAUUUGUUACUGAGUUAAAGAACCGAAUUGAGUAUCUUAGUUCAUCGAACGUGUUUGAGAACAUUGAGAAACGAACAGUUGGUUUGGGUGACUGUCCUCUCUCCUCCGAAGCCAUCCAUAUGCAGCAUCACCCCUUCACUUUGAAGGAAUUUGGAGGCAUCUUCAUCAUAGUACUGAUCGGGAUCAUUAUUGCUUUCAUCGUUUCUGGAAUUGAAUUUUUAAUCGAAAACUACCCGAUUUAUCGCCAAAGAAAACAAGGUGAUGACCGUGAAUUCGGGGGCUCGUAUGUUGGCAGUGUCCUCCAAAUGCAAGAUGAAGGCAUUUGGGUUCGCGUUGAUGGCACAAAUGAUACCAUCUUCGCAGAUGCGAACCACAUUAAAGUCAAGAGAAAUGCGGAUGGCCGGGUCAAUUUGCAAAUUGGUGAUCUUGUGAAAGCGAUCUACAUGGGCAAUGAUCCAAUAACCACACUUCCAAUCUACAAUAUUUGGGAGGAGCGCGCAUGGAAUCACAGAGACAGUGAUGGUGCCCCUCCAGUCGAUGUCAGGACUACUAAUUAG